CAAAAUUCGUUUCAAAAGUGAACUGAAGUGAAGUGAAGCUAAAGCAAUGAAAACAUAUUUGUGUCUGGUAGCACUGUUCACAGUGCUGGCAACAGCAAAUGCAACAUUUGGAUUAUUAAAUGUAUUGGGUUCGCUGAAAGGAGGCGGCGGCGGUGGUGGCUACGGUGGCGGUGGCUACGGCGGUGGUGGCUAUAGCGGCGGAUAUAGUGGCGGUUAUAGUGGCGGCUAUAGUGGUGGUCAUAGUGGCGGCUAUGGCGGUGGUGGCUACGGUGGUGGCGGCUAUGGCGGUGGCGGCUACGGCGGUGGCGGCUAUGGCGGUGGUGGCUACGGAGGUGGCAGUCAAGUAAAAGUCAUUAAAAUUAUAACUGAUGGUGGUUAUGGCGGCGGUGGCUAUGGCGGUGGUGGCUACGGAGGUGGCGGUUAUGGUGGCGGCGGAUAUGGUGGUGGCUACAGUAGUGGCAGCUCAGGAUAUGCUAGCAAUUAUGGUUAUGGUGGCAAUACUGGCGGUUACAGUAGCGGUUAUAGUGGUGGCCAUAGCGGAGGUUAUAGUGGCGGCUAUGGAGGCGGCUACGGUGGCGGGUAUGGCGGUGGUCAUGGCGGUCAUGUAGAUGUUUACAAAGUCAUAACAACCACAUCCAGCGCUGGCGGAUACGGUGGUGGUGGCUAUGGCGGUGGAGGCUAUGGCGGUGGUGGCUACGGCGGUAGCGGUGGUUAUGGAGGUAGCUACGGAGGUGGUCAUGGUGGCUGGUCUGCACCUGUUAGCAGUGUUGCUAGCGCUAGUUCUGGCAGCAGCGGAUGGUGGAAAAAGAAGUAAAUAGUGUAGUUCAGUUUGCUAAAUUCGUAUUUUGUAUAUAUACUGCCAUUAUGUUUUUCGAACUAGAUUUUUUUAAAGUGCAAAUUUAUUAUAAAAUAAUUUAAGUAUUUUA